UGUAUCUCUCGUCAGAUUUCUCAGUGUUAUCUUUUCGGCAACAAACACCGAUGCGACCAGCUCUGGGUGCAAGUGAUGGAUUGACGCCUUUAAAGCCUUCCCGUUCAAUGAUUCACAUACUGGCCUCCAACUGAACCACCCGACCCCCUAAGUGCUGACACUCAGCAUCCUACGUUUCACCGUUCAAGAUGCCUCGCCACUCCAAAAACAGCACUGCCAGCGGGCAGUUCACGUACCACGAGCGGCAACAAGCAGCAAAAAUCUGGGGCUCAUCCACCGCGAGGCUGUCAGCAUUUUCACAACGAGCAUUUGAUGCUUGCACCUUAUGCCUGUCGACAGCACGCGAUGCGGUAUGUUGCUCUCAAGGGCAUUUGUUCUGCAAGGAGUGCGCCUACGCAGAUUUGCUCGCACAGAAGGAAGAGAUCGAACGGCAAAGACAAGCAAUUGCUUUGCUGGCGAGGCAAGAGGAGGCGGAGAGAGCGCGUGCGAGACAGGAAGCUAGGGAUAGGGUCAUCAGAGACUUUGAACGAUCGUCCAUUGGACUGGGUACCAACAGUGAAACAUCAAAUCGAACAGAGGGCUCGACAGGUACAUCAAAGCGGAAAGCGUCUGACACAUCGCCUUCACACGGCGGAGAUUUGUCUGGUAUUGCGGCGCGUGCAGAGAUAGCAGCGAAAGAAGCAGAGGAGCGAGCACUCGAAAAGCUAUUAGACGAGCAAGCAGCCGCUCGCAAGCACAGAAAGCUGCCUAGCUUUUGGCUCCCCGAGCUCACGCCGAGCGAGCGACAAGACGCUUUUGCAUUAGGAAUCUAUGGGAAAGGAUGGGCAGCGACCAAAGGUGGAAGCGCACCGCUGGAUAUGAAACCGGUGUGCAAGGCUGCUGGCGAGAGAGGGCAUACGCUGACGAUGAAGCAGUUGGUCCCGGUACACUUUCAGCGUCCUUCAUCCGAUAUACCAUCGGCAGGAGGCGCAGCAGCGGAUAGCGAGGCUUCUUCAAUAACGAGCACGGCAGCAUCGGCUACUUCAGCAGGUGCCCUCGGUGGAGGCGCCAUUUGCCCAACAUGCAAGGCAUGCUUUACCCAAGCCACAACGAUCUAUAUUCUUAGACGGUGCGGCCACGCGCUAUGCCAAGCGUGCAUCGAUACUCUCGUUCUGGCGCCGCUAAAGCUCAACACAGCAUCGCUAUCCGUUUCCAACCCCGUUGUUGGAGGGAAACCGAGCGCGAAAGAGAAAGACGAAAAUGCCGGCCGGAAGGGCCAGUGCGCUGAAUGUGAUACGAAGGUCAAUGUGCCCAAGGACAUCGUCAAAUUGCAAACAGAGGGCACUGGUUUUGCAGCGGGCGGGAAUGUGCUGAUUAGCAAGAAAGGUAUUGCUUUCCAGGGGUAGUAUCGAGAUUUGUGCAUUUGAUGUAUUCGCACCUAAGCUACAUGUCAUCUUUGUCUACCCUCGUGAUGACUGGGAGAACCAGAUGAUACUUGACUGGAGCGGUGUAGUGAAG